AUUGCUAGCGUUUUUUCCUUGUAGACAAUCGUGGCCGUAGCUUAGCUAUUGUUUAGUGGUAAAGAUGAAGGCUGUUCUUGCAAUUGUGUUCUGCCUGUCCGUGGCAAACAGCGCUGUGCUGAAGUUUCGCGAAUAUGAGGAACAGUGGCAGGCAUGGAAGAGCUUUCACGACAAGAGUUACCAAACAGAUACCGAGGAACAAGCUCGUUAUGCGAUCUGGAGAGACAACUUAAGGAAAGUUCAACAACACAACUCCGAGGGACACUCUUACACCCUGGCCAUGAACCAGUUCGGUGAUCUGACAGUCGAUGAAUUCCGAUUUUACUACCUGGGACUUCGCUCUCACUACUCCAAUGAGACUAAACGUCAAGGAUCGGCCUACCUACCUCCCAGUGGAGUAAGCCUCCCCCCCACAGUGGACUGGAGAACUAAGGGAUACGUUACCCCAGUAAAGAAUCAAGGUCAGUGUGGUUCUUGCUGGGCUUUCAGUACAACAGGAUCACUGGAGGGACAACACUUUAAGAAAACAGGAAACCUUGUCUCACUCAGCGAACAGAAUCUGGUUGACUGCUCAACUAGCUAUGGAAAUCACGGUUGUGAGGGAGGACUCAUGGAUUACGCCUUCCAGUAUAUCAAAGCUAAUGGUGGUAUCGAUACCGAAUCUAGCUAUCCCUACACAGCCCGCGAUGGACGCUGCAAGUUCAAAGCAGCUGAUGUUGGUGCUACUGAUACUGGUUACAUGGAUGUCAAGCGAGGAAGCGAAGCUGAUCUUCAAUCCGCUGUGGCCACAGUCGGCCCAAUCUCUGUAGCCAUAGAUGCUAGCCACGGUUCAUUCCAGUUAUACCACAAAGGAGUCUAUGACGAGCCUGCCUGCAGUUCUACAUUGUUGGAUCAUGGUGUGCUAGCUGUUGGUUAUGGAACAUACCAAGGACAGGACUACUGGCUGGUGAAGAACUCCUGGGGAAAGGGCUGGGGCAUGGAAGGUUACAUUAUGAUGUCCAGGAACAAGAACAACCAGUGUGGAAUCGCUACCAGUGCUAGUUACCCACUUGGACAAUCAAAUAAACCCUACAGGAGCAUCCAGGAAAUGUCCGGUAAAAUGAACUACUUGUGCGUUUUUCUGCUGUGCGCUUCCUUUGCAAACUGUUUGAAUCUAUCGCCUGCGACGUACAAGCAGCACUGGCAGAAGUGGAAGUCUUUUUAUGGCAAGGAAUACGAGUCAGAAAUUCAUGACAAUACCCGCUUCUCAAUAUGGCAGAACAAUUUAAAGUAUGUUUUAAAGCAUAACUCAGAAGAACACUCCUACACCUUGGCCAUGAACCAGUUCGGUGAUCUGACAGUCGACGAAUAUCGAUCAUUUAUCCUGAGAGUUGGUUCUCAUUUUCCAAACGAAACAGAACGUCGCGGUUUUACCUCUCUUCCUUUUAGUGAACUGACCCUACCCCCCACGGUGGAUUGGAGGACGAAGGGAUAUGUCACUCCUGUCAAGAAUCAGGGUCAGUUGGGUGCUUCAUGGGCGUUCAGUGCCACAGGGUCACUGGAAGGACAACAUUUUAAGAAAACAGGAAAACUUGUCUCUCUUAGCGAACAGAAUCUACAAGACUGCUCUGGAUGUGGCAAGGUGUCUCCUCCCUUGAUGGGAUUUAUAGACUGUGCAUUCUUAUAUGUCAAAGAAAACGGUGGCAUAGACACCGAAGCCGGUUACCCGCAUCCAUGUCCAAAGAGUUGUUGCUUUGAAAAAGCUUAUAUAGGUACUACCUGUACUGGUUAUGUUGAUAUCCAGCAAAGAAGCGAGUUAGCUCUUCAGUCUGCUGUGGCCGAAGUGGGUCCCAUCUCAGUGAUCAUCGAUGCCAGUCACGCUUCAUUCCAGUUUUAUCACAGUGGGGUGUACAAUGAACCUGCCUGUAGCAGUUAUCAGCUGGACCACGCAGUACUCGUUGUUGGUUAUGGAACUUACCAAGGACAGGACUACUGGCUGGUGAAGAACUCCUGGGGAAAGAGCUGGGGCAUGGAAGGGUACAUUAUGAUGUCGAGGAACAACAAAAACCAGUGUGGAAUCGCCUCGAGCGCCAGCUACCCUCUUGUUUAAUGGAAACCUGUGAAA